AUGGUUUAUUCAAGGACCGUGGAUCAAGUGGGAGCCGAUACUGUAAGGAUUGACUCAACAGGACACGAAAAAUCGAAUUUUACCGUUGUCCUCUCUGUGACGGCCGCUGGAGAGAAAUUAAGACCGAUGAUCAUAUUCAAGAAAAAGAGGAUUCCCAAGGAUAAUUUCCCUCCUGAAGUGGUAGUUAGAGCCAAUGAUAAAGGCUGGAUGAAUCACGAACUGAUGAGGACAUGGCUCCAUGAGGUUUGGAACAAACGGAAAUGCUAUGUCAACGAUCCCUCGCAGUCAUUACUCAUAUUAGAUUCUGCAAGGUGCCAUCUCACAGAAGACGUCCGAGAGCUUUUCAAGGAGCACUGA